AAAGACACCACUUGAACAGCGGGGAUAUUUAUGUCUCGCGGCCUAGCAGUUCGACGUUCGAAUUCCUAUACAAUGCACUACCUUACUUGGUGCUGGUGCCAGGGAGGCAUCUGGUUGUAGAAUACAGUCUUUAAAAAUCUCGUUCAACCCAUGCCAGCAUGGAAAAAAGCAGAUGUGAUGAUGAUAACAGUGAACGAAGGAAGUAUUGAAUUGCCCCUACUUUAAUGUUAACGACAAAAAAGUUAUCAGCGUGUGUGUGUGUGUGUGUGCGUGUGCGUGCGAGGUGCGUGUGCGUGCGAGGUGGGUGUAUUCUUUUCCUCCACUUGGAGUGGAAUAUUUAACCGUUCCCACUUGGAUCUAAUGAAGACUGCUUAGUUACCAUGACAACACUUAUUAGUAAAAACGUUAUCAGAAAUAAUCAAAUAUAUAAAUUUAUAUUAACAGAGACAAAUUUAUCAGCGUUCGUGUUCGGCCAUGUGAAACAAAAUAAAUUGAAGAUAAUUCGAAGGAAAAAGGCGUUUAUUUAAAGUAAUGCCGAGAAGAAAGGAACACAAACAGCGAGAGUAACAUACGAAAAAAAAAAAAGAAAGGAAAAAGAACCUCCCCUUUUUUGCGUGAUUUUACUGAAUUCUUGAAGUCAGCAGAAAAGUUUCAAAAUGUUGUGGAUGACAACUGCUGCGAAAGUCUAUGAUGAAGUGAUGCAGAAGGGAGAUCCCCGUGUUGCUGAUUGGUUCAUGAUGUCUUCACCUGUCCCUAGUUUCCUUAUAUGUCUGGUCUAUAUGGUCAUUACUAAAGUUGGACCCAUAUUCAUGGCCAACCGAAAACCCUUUGAAAUUCGUAAUGUCAUGCUUGUUUACAACAUUGCAAUGGUUUUAUUAUCUGCAUAUAUAUUAGAAGAGUUCAUAUCAUCUGGCUGGUUUGCUGGUUACAGUAUACGAUGUCAACCAGUUGACUAUUCUCGAUCUACACAAGCCAUGAGGAUGGCAGCAGCCUGUUGGUGGUUCUAUUUUUCUAAAUUUAUUGAACUUUUUGAUACGAUAUUCUUUAUUUUGAGAAAGAAACUAAAUCAAGUCUCUUUCCUUCAUGUCUUCCAUCAUGGCAUCAUGCCAGUCUCAUGGUGGUUUGGAGUAAAAUUUGUCCCAGGAGGUUUUGGAACUUUCCAUGCGAUGUUAAAUUCAUUUAUUCACCUUGUUAUGUAUGUAUAUUACGGAUUAGCAGCAGCCGGACCCAAUUUCAAGAAAUAUCUUUGGUGGAAAUGGUAUAUGACUUCAUUACAAAUUACACAAUUCAUAUUUGUAUUUAUUCAUGCCUCCCAACUCCUGUUUAUUCCUUGUAACUAUCCCAAAGUAUUUGCUUACUGGAUAGCCCUGUAUGCAGUUAUUUUCCUGAUCCUGUUUUCUGAUUAUUUCCACAAGACCUACCGAUCAAAGCCAAAAGUUGCAACAUGCCAAGAAUCCAGGACUGGAAUCUCCACACAGAAGACAUCUAAUCUCAAUGGUGUUGUUGGAAAUAAUAUUGAUAAGAAAUCUAAGUAGAGAACUCUUAAUCAGUUUUGUAUGAAAGCUUUGCAGUCAAUGGCUGCACACAAGUUCUAUCUAUUCUUAAUUGAAAAUUAAUUUAAUGUUUUCUUAAUUUGUUUAUUUGAAGAAUCAAGAAGUAACAUUGGUCCUGAUGGCUUUCAGGAACAAUUCUGUACAAGUAUUAAAAGCAAAAAUAUUGUUUUGAAAUUUCCAUUUUAAAAUUCUAUUCUACUGCUGAUAAAAGACUGAUUAACUUAUAAAUCAUCAGUCUUAACUGGAUGAAAUUAUUAUUAUUAUUUUUUUUUUUGAUAAAAAAAAAAUUUAGAUUUAUACGAGAUAUUGUAAGAAUUUGUUAACUCUUUUGGUCUGAGGAAUUUAAUCAAAACAAAAUUGUUAUUUUUUUUUUUAAUAUUGAAACAACUUCUUUUCUAUGAUCCAUCACAUUUGCUAAAUCUAAACAUGAACUGUUUUUAUAAACUUCAUAUGAACAUUCACUCAGCUGUUGUGAACAAAUUAAGUUUCUGCUAUCAUCACAUUAUAAACUAUAUAUAUGUAUAUAUAUAUAUAUACACACAUACACACAUAUAUAUAUAUAUAUAUGUAUCCUCCAUUAUUAUUUUCUAAGUAUUUUUCCAAGAAAUUUCAAGCUUGUUUAGUUUUUAGAAAUUGAUCUAUCAAAAUAAUAACUUGCAGAAAUUCUUGUGAAACCAGAAAAUAAAUAAACUUUGAUAGUUUCCCUCCCCCCUCACUUUAGAACAAUUACAAUGGCAGUGAAAAAAAUAGAUCUAAACAACAGUUGUAAGUCUUUAUUUUUUAAUUAAAGAUGUCUCCCUUACCAAACAACUGCUGUCUCUGGUCUCCAUUGGCAACAUUUAUUCACUGCUGAUCUAAUAAUGAUGAUGUUAAAAACAUCUGACUACAUCCUAUUCUCUCUCUGAUAUUUCCCAUUCUGUGACAGUCCGUUCUUUAUUUUAUAGAAUUAUUUCCAAUCCUGUUUCUGAUGUCAACAGCUCCCACCAAAAUUUGCAUGCAAUAGUUGAAAAUUAAAGACAUUUAAAAUCUUGAAAUAAUGUCUGUAAUCAAAAUAUUAAAUUAUUUAUAUAAUAUUUUCAAAGAUUAUAAUCAAAAUAUUAAAUUACUAAAAUGAUAUUUUCCUAGUUACUAAAAAGAAUUUCAGAUAUAAAUCUUCAAAUAUUUGUGAAAAAAAAUUUUUUUUUUUUGUCUUCCGUUCAUUUUGAGUUACACAAAUUCUUUUUCUUCAAAAUAAAUUAUUGAAAAAGAGUUGUGAAUAUUAUUUUAGAUGACCAAAGAAAUUUAUAAUUGCCCACCUUAACUUAAAAUCACUUCUGAAUCUUUUACAAAUUUAUAUUUGAAAUUCUUUCAUUAAUUGUUUGAAAUGCCAAAUCUGUAAUCAAUCUAUGAGUUCCUUGUGACUUUUGUAAGUGGAAUAUUUUGCUUUAUCAGAGGAGAGCUAGAUAUUCAAACUAACAAAAUCAUCAUCAUCAUCAUCAGGCAGACGUUAAACGAUGAUGAUGAUGAUGAUGAUAAUAAAGUAAAGUUACACUCAUUGGAAAUAAAAUACACAUUGCUCUGUGUAUGUAUGUAUAUAUGUGUGUAUGUAUAUAUAUAUAUAUAUAUAUAUAUAUAUAAACAUUAUCCGGAUACUUCUGAUGCCAGUGCUGUACCAAAGUAGAACUCCACCAAACUAUAAUUAUGAUAAGGGUCUCAUAGUCCCUGGUGCUGUGUCAUCUCCAGAUCUAGCCACUGCUGAGAGACAGUGACAGUAAAUGGGAUUGAAUGAGUGGAAGAUAAUUGACUGCGUCUGUAGUGGUUAUUCCCCCCUGAAGGGAUGGGAAACAAAAUUGAAUGUAGAUGGCUGGAGUGAAUACCACAAGGUAUUUUGUCUGAUGCUCUAAUGACUGCCAAUUCAUGGACAUUUAUGUGUACACACACUGACAAUGCUAUGGUGGAGGCAGAUAAAAUGCCAAGAGCCAUGAAAUUGAUGGCAAGAGGGUUGAUAAAGUACCUGGCAAGUAAUGGUGUUGAUUUUGCUAACCCCUCCCUCAUAUUUCUGGGCUUUUGCUUAUAUUAAAACCCAUAUAUUAUUAUUAUAGAUAAGUACUGGCUGAGGAUUUUGGUUGUUUCAAAUCUUGGAACUAUUGUUUAGUUUCUGGGAAGACAUCAAGAACCAUCAUGGAAUACCAUUUUAUUAAUUUUUUUCUUUGAGAAAAUAUUGUCUUUGUCCAACUUGACAUUUUAAUCUCUAAAACAUCAAGAAAUUCUAAAUAUCUAUGGGGACUCUCUUGAUAUUUGUGGGGUCAGGGUUACUAUGAGUCUCACAAUGAACUGGUCCGUUACCUGCAGUGUAGUUGUCUAUUGGAAAUAAGGGUUACUUUUCCAUAGAAUAUCAUAAAAGAUGGAACCUAGAUUUGCUUUUACUUUUAUUUUACACAGAUUUCUGUUUUGGCAGAAGCAAAAUAUUUAGUGCCUUUUUGCUACUAUACAAAAUUCUCCCUGCUUCAUGUGCAGUUUGAUAUCAAGGAAUAUGGUUCAAGACUAUUGGCUUUUGGAUAAACUGAACGAAUGCACAAACAUGGAUCCUGCAAAUGCAUUUAAAACCAGUAAUAAUUUUCAAAUGGUUGUGUGGUGGUUUCAUGCAACUUGUGAAGCAGAUGGAAUUUCACUACAAUCCAUUUGCUGAUCCAUAAAUGCAGAAGCGAGUUGAAUCCAGAAAUUAUAGCGUUGUUUUUUUUUUUUUGAAAGAAAUAUUUUUCCUUAUUCUUUAGGUAUGUAGCAACCCAUAUGUUCUCUGUUUAUGUCUAUUCAUUUGGUCAUCUGGGCCUUUAUAGAACAGUCAUUAGUUCUAUUUUUGUCAUAGAACUGGCAUUUUGCUUACUCUAUACGCAGGAGUAAAAUCUAAAAGUAUAUUUAUAAUAUAUGGCAAUAUUUCAUUAUUCCUGCAAGUUAUAAAAGAAUUUUUGUUUAGGCUAUAUAGCUUUAAUACCUGCAAUGAAGAAUAGUUGCUCUUCUCUUGAGAAAGGUGUGUGUGUAUGCAUGUUAUUUUUUUUUCAUUGAAUAGGACUUUUUUUCAAUGCUUUAAUUUCUAUUUUUAUAUCCUAUUUGUAUUAGAAGCUGUAUAUGUUAAUUGUUAAUAUUUGUGAAUUGAUACCAAUACUACUCACCGGAAAUUGUAUGUUGAUCAAGAACAGUGACAUCUGCUGACCUUGUUUUAUUUUGAAAAUAUAUUUUGUAGUUUUAUUGCUUAAAUGAUAUUCUCUCAAUAAAGUUGACCAAUGAUGCAUGAGUGCAGUCCAAUCUAGUUUGCUAUUUCUGUUGAUAAAUCAUUUCAAUAAACAGAGGUUUCUAUUUUCUCACUUA